UUUCUUUCGUGGGCAUUAUCAGAAGAGUGGGGCGAGCAGAGUCCAGAUCGCAGCUCAGUGCCGGACGGAGAUGACCUCCGGAGCGCUGUGCCUCGUGCUGCUAGCCGCGGGCCAGGCGGCCGCCGGCUACCCGGGGUUCCGCAUCAGGCCCGUCUCCUCGGAGGACCCCGAGACGCGCCUGGGGGCCGAGGCGGGCGAGAGGCUGAUCCUCACCAGCUACGUGGAGGCGGGGAGGGCGGCGGAGGCCAGGAACCUGUCCAAGGUCACGGGCGGCCCCUUCCCGCCCGACAUCCCCAGCUACUCCGGCUUCUUCACGGUCGACAAGAGGCACGGCUCCAACCUCUUCUUCUGGUUCUUCCCCGCCGAGAGAGACUACGAGAACGCGCCGGUGCUGGUGUGGCUGCAAGGGGGCCCUGGGGCGUCGUCCCUGUACGGCCUCUUCAUGGAGGUGGGGCCGUUCUUCGUGUCGGAGGACGGCGAGUCCUUGAUCAGGAACCCCUACUCCUGGCACAAGAACCACUCCAUCGUGUUCAUCGACAACCCCGUGGGCGCAGGUUUCAGCUACACGGGGGACGAGGCGGGCUACGUGACCACCGAGCAGGAGAUAGGGGAGCAACUCCACGCUGCUCUGGUGCAGUUCUUCUCCGUGUUCCCGGAGCUGCAGGAGAACCACUUCUUCAUCUGCGGGGAGUCGUACGCCGGUAAAUACAUCCCAGCUCUGGGCCACACCAUCCACAUGAAGAACCAGAACGCUAGCUUGAAGAUUAAUCUAAAAGGUCUGGCGAUCGGCGACGGGGCAGUGGACGGCAUCAACAUGCUGCAGUACAGCGACAUCGUCUACCAGUGGGGCCUCGUCGACAACACCACCUGGAGGCAGAUGAAGGACCUCGAAGACCAGGCGGUCAAGUACAUCCAAGCCGGAGACUACAACCGCGCUCUGGAUAUGGUGAGCGCCGACCUGGGCACGUUCGGGGCGGCGGCCAAGGUGGGGCUGUACAACCUGCUGACGGACAGCGACGAGAUCGACAAUCACUACGCCAAGCUCCUGGAGAGGGCGAGCGUGCGCGCGGCCAUCCACGUGGGCCGCCAGGUGUACCACCCGUCCAGCGACGUGGCCUACGACAAGCUGCAGGGUGACCAGAUGAGGACCGUGGUGCCGUGGGUGGAGGAGCUGCUGGACGCCGGGUACCGCGUGGUGUUCUACAACGGUCAGCUGGACAUCAUCGUGGCGUACCCGCUGACGGUGAGGGUGCUGCAGAGGCUGCAGUUCAAUGCUGCUCAGGAGUACAAGACCGCCAGCAGGAAGGCGUGGCUCGUGGACGGCAGGGUGACCGGCUACACCAAGACGGCGGGCAACAUGACCGAGGUGCUGGUGCGAGGUGCCGGACACAUGGUGCCCAAGGACCAGCCGGCGGCCGGCUUCCAUCUCAUAUACAGCAUCACCAGGGGCACUCUGCGGUGAACACCGCACACUGCAUCGUGCACUCGAGUCUGAAUAAAGUGUUACUUGACUAA